CGUGGUCGUUGCUGGUUGUCGCUAGUGCGCGCUAAAAAAAAAUCAAAGCAAAAAGCAAGAGAAAUAAAUUUAAGCAAAAACACGCUGGAUUAAAGUGUUUUAUUGUUGAUCAAACUAAACGACACAACGACAACGUGAAUUAAAUAAAGUGCAGUGUUUAAAACCAAAAACGCAACUCACAAGCUCGCAGAAAAGCAAAUCAAACCAAAUAAAUAAAAAAGCAAGCAAGCAAGCAAUAAAUAAAAAGUGCACUGAAGUGAAGAUAUUUAGAUAUAUCUUCUAAACGCAAACUAAAUCGCAAGCAAAAAAGUAACCGGUACGACCGUGUAAAAAGCCGCCAAAAUUCUACUCAAGGAGCGUAAAGCAAUCAUCUCCAAAAUGAAAUCCCUGACGGCUGUUUGUCAAACAGGUGCCUCCAUGCCGGCCAUGAAUCCCAACGGUCGCAUCUCGCGUCAUCCGCCGCAUCGUGGUGAUGGUGAAAAUGCCGAAAUGAAAAUGUAUCUAAGCAAGCUGAAAGAUCUGGUGCCCUUUAUGCCCAAGAAUCGCAAAUUGUCCAAGUUGGAAAUUAUACAGCAUGUCAUCGACUAUAUAUGCGAUUUGCAAACCGAGCUGGAAACUCAUCCCGAGAUAAACAAUUUUGAUGCGGCGGCAGCGUUAAGCGGCGUUGCAGCAGCAGCCGCUGCCGGCGGCGGUCUCGAUGAUGACAGCGAUGACAUGGAGCUGGACGAUAGCAAUGAUGUGCUGGUGAUGCGUCUGGCCGCCGAGCAGCAGCAGCAGCAACAGCAAUUGGCAAAAAUCUCUAGUCCUGCGGCAAAUGCGCGUAUACCGUUAAUCGAUCGUCAGAGUCCAAAUACAAUAUUGCCAGCUCAGCGUCAGCAGCAACAGCAGCAGCGCCAGCAGCAACAGCAGCGCGUGCAGCAGCAGCAGCAGUUAAACAGCAGCUUAACGACGCAAACAAGCGACAAGGACAGCAGACAGUCGUAAGCAGCAGGCGCCGCAGCAGCAGCAGCAGCAACUAAACUAAACUAUACUAUAUUAAAGUUUAUAAUUAUUAACUAAUAGUUAGUAGCCCGUGUAGUACAGUCAACUCCACACUCAACUCAAAACUCAACUCAACUCAACUCUGCAAACGCGUGUGAAAGAUCUCCACAGUUAAUUAACAAACAAUAAAACUACAGCACAGGCCACACUCAUAGCUACACUACAAAUUUAUCAAGGCAAAAAGCAUUUCACACAGUCCGUUUACUUUUUAGUUUAUAAAUACCUAACUAAGUAGCAUUAAUGUUUAAAUUACAAGCACUAAACUUUAAAAUUAAUU